CCUCCUCCCUCCUCCAUGGCUGCCGGCCCUGAUGCCUACCUCCAAGGCAACAUCAGAAUGACUCUGGAGGACCUUGACCUUUGGAAAAGCUUCCAUCAAACAGGAACAGAGAUGAUAAUCACCAAACCUGGCAGGAGGAUGUUCCCACACUGUAAAGUGAUUCUAUCUGGUCUGAUUCCAUGUGCCAAGUACAUCUUACUGGUUGACAUGGUUCCAGAAGAUGGGUUCAGAUAUAAGUGGAACAAGGAUAAAUGGGAGGUGGCAGGCAAAGCGGAGCCUCAGCCUCCCUGCCGGACCUACCUCCACCCAGACUCUCCAGGCCUGGGGAGCCACUGGAUGAAGCAGAGUGUCUCCUUCCUUAAGCUCAAGCUCACUAACAACACCCUGGACCAGCAUGGGCAUAUCAUUCUGCACUCCAUGCAUCGCUACCAUCCACGCUUCCACGUCAUCCAAGCAGACGACCUGUUCAGUGUCCGCUGGAGUGUUUUCCAGACUUUCACCUUCCCAGAGACUUCCUUCAUCGCGGUCACAGCCUACCAAAACACCAAGAUUACAAGGCUGAAGAUCGAUCACAAUCCAUUUGCGAAGGGUUUCAGAGAUGAGGGCACGAGUAAAAAAAGACAAGCAAACAAAAGCCCAGAUUGCUUUGAGAAAAGAGCCAAGGAACCCAGCGUUGUGGCUGAGGACUCUAAAGAGGACAGUUCACCAGGCUUCUGCCAGUCCUCCUACGACAGUUAUGACAGAGAUGAAGGCGAUCUGGCCAAAAGGAAAGACGAAAAGUCUGUGAAGGAAGAGCGUUACUCUCCGUGGGAUGCUGAGAGGCAGCAGGGCGUGAGGACCGACUCUCCUGCUGGGGGCGACACCAGAGAGAUCUACAACACAGAGCAGCUUGUUCCCACUCCGGCUUCCUAUCAGCUGUACAGGGCCCAUGAGAAUGGCAAGUCUCCCUCCCCUCCCUCCAGCAUCGCCAGCAACAACAGUGGAUCAGGACGGAGCUGCUUCGAGUCCCGGGUUCCUGACAUCGCCACCGUCCCCGAACACGACCCUUCAAAACCUCGUGCGCAUGAAGCUGGUCCUUCCCACUGUGGCCCCCAGCACCUACCGGGCCCCCAGGACUACAGUGGAGUGCUCAACAUGACCAUGGCCCAGGCCGGCAAGCCCGGGAUCCUCAGCCACCACAUCUACAGCCCCUACAGCGCAGAGCAGCCUCUGGGCCAAUGGAGCGGACCCGGACCUGCCCAGUACCCUCCUCCUCACCCUCUGACUGCUGACUACACCACACAAGCUGUGCACCAUGGCUAUCACCAUGGCAACGUGGCAGAGUGGAGCCAGUACCCGCUGUUCUCCUACUCCUGCUGGUGAUGGAGACUUUCAGCGUUAUCGGACUGAGAGACGAGUUUCCCAACGCCGCUGCGCCUGGCAGCGCCCACGGAGGAUCCACGCCCCACCCCGGCCAAGGGCCCGGGAACAAGGAGGAGCAGGACCGAAGCUGCCCUGCUCUGGCACCAUCCAAACUGUAAACCGAAGUGUGCUUGGCCCUGCUGACAGAUUGUCGUAUCGUUUAUUUAUUUAGUGUUUUGUUUAAUCUUCAGCAUAAAUAUUAUUUUUGUACAGAAAUAAAUAAUAAAUAAAGUGUUUGUGUGCCAACUGUGUGUGUCUAAAAACUGGAAAUAAAAUCCAACUGUAACACGGUUUGAUGUCUGGUUUAAUCCAAGCUUUGCCUUCAGAUCCUUCUAGAGCGGAUAAACAACCAGCAACCUGACUCCCGCAGACACAUGAUGUUUCAUUCAUUAAAUGUUCAAUCAAUGUUUCAUCCUGUCUAAAGUCGUAUCCUGAAGGUUUAAGUCAGAGGAAGUCCAUCUGCAAGCCUUUUACCUGUGUUUGUUUGUAUUUCCACUAAUGGAAAGACACACUCUGUGUUUUGGACCAGCCCAGCAUGCAUUAAAGACUGUAUUAGUGCGACUCUGGCUCACCUGCUGAGAUUUAUCCACCAG